UUUUCAGCACCCCCCCCCCCUCUCUCUCUCUCUAUAUGUAUAUAUAUAUAUAUAAAAUACAUUUUCAGUCUGAGAUUGGAUCUUUGUGAGAAAUGGCGGCCAAGACGCCGGAGAAUUUGCUGUGGUCGCUGCCUGUGCCCAGCGUGAAAGAGCUAGCAAUGAAGGGCCUUGCGACUGUGCCUGCUCGUUAUAUAAGAGACGAUGUUGAAGAGUGCACGUCUUCUGAUCCAAAUCAAGCUUUUCUGGGAGUGCCUUUGAUUGAUAUGGACAAGCUCGUCAACCCGGAGACGCGGGACAUGGAGGUUCACAAGCUCCAUGCUGCAUGCAAAGACUGGGGGGCAUUUCAGCUGAUAAACCACGGGCUUUGCAGCAGAACGGUGAGGAGCAUGAAAGCGAAGACGGAAGAAUUCUUCAACCUCGAUUUGGAAGAGAAGCAGCGGUGGGCGCAGAAGCCAGGGAGCCUGGAGGGCUACGGCCAAGCCUUCGUGAUUUCCGAAGAUCAAAAGCUGGAAUGGUGCGACAUGAUCUACCUCCGAGCUCUUCCUCUUCCUCUCCGAAAUCUUGGAUUCUGGCCGGCGACUCCCCACGGAUACAGGGAAGCAAUAGAGAGUUACUGUGAGGGGAUAAGGGAGCUGGCGGUUUCUUUGAUGGGGUUCAUAGCGAAGGGCCUGCUGGGCGUAGGCGGGAAGCGAUUCUCUGAGGCUUUCGAAGAUGGAAGAUACGAGCUGAGGAUGAACUGCUACCCUCCGUGCCCGGAGCCGGAGAAAGUAGUCGGCAUUGCGCCGCACGCGGACAUCUCCGGCAUCACUUUCUUGCUUGAUUGCCGCGAUGUUGCCGGCCUGCAAGUCCAGAAGGAUGGCCACUGGUUCACUGUUCGACCCAUUGCCGAUGCCAUUGUAGUCAACCUUGGCCACAUUUUGGAGAUAACGAGCAAUGGAAUUUACAAAGCGCCUCAACAUAGAGCAAUUGUUGACAGGUGGAAGGAGAGAUUGUCUGUGGUAGCUUUCUGCUACCCGAGCCCGGACACCGACAUCGGCCCGGCCAAAGAACUGAUAGAAGCCGGCCGGCCAGCUUUGUACAGGACACUAAAACUUGAAGAGUAUUUCAAACGAUUUUACGACUGGAACCUUGGUGCUGUUCCAUUCAUUGAUACUCUCAAGCUCUAACUCAUAUGCCUUGGAACACAUGCAUGUAGCUAGCUAGCUAGUUCCCUGAUAAAUUAUCAAAUUAACUAAUGGCUUGGGCACUACUUUAAUUAAAUCUAUAUUCCUUUGAGUGAA